AUGGCUCAUGGGUUUAUUCCAUCUCAAACUGUAAACGAUAUAGAAGUUGAAGGCCAUGAGAUUUUCGAUGAAUUGAUAGGGAGAUCUCUUCUGCAAAAUGUUACUGAUGGAAUUGAUAGUGUCACCCAUUAUUAUACCUCUAAUGAUGGGCGUCCUUCCCGAGGUUGUAGACUGUGUAAGAUGCAUGAUCUCAUUCAUGACCUUGCCUUAUUUGUUACUGGAGAUGAGUGCUCCACAUUGCCUCAAAGAAAUGAAUUCAUGAAAAUUUUAAAAAGGACCCGUCAUUUCUUAUUAAAUCAUGAUGUAGGAUAUGAUAUGGGUGAUUGCGUCCCUAGUGUUCGCACUGCAUUAUCUGUCGGAAUGGAAUUCAUUGGGCUGUCAAAGUUGAAGUUGCUCAGAGUGUUACAGUUGGGUCGAGAAGCAAAUGUUGACGAGCUGCCUACUUCAAUAGAAUAUUUGCACCAUCUAAGAUAUCUCAAUCUUUCUGGGACUGACAUAAGAGAACUACCAGAAUCAAUCUGUAUGCUUGUUAAUUUGCAGACAUUGAAUUUGAGUCUUUGUAUUCAUCUUACUAAACUUCCCAUGAGUAUAGUAUACAUGAAGAGUCUUAGACAUCUUCAUCUUAGUAAUUGUCAUACACUAGAAAUCAUGCCAUCUGGUCUAAGUCAAUUGCCUUGCUUGAAAACAUUAACAAAAUACAUUGUCUCAGAGGAUGCGGGGAACAAGAUAGGAGAGCUACAGCGUUGGGAUCUUGAAGGUGAACUUGUGUUGUAUGACCUCCACAAGGUGCAGAAUGCAGAUGAGGCAAAAGAAGCUAAUAUGAGAGAGCAUCAGUGGAAAAUGCAGAAAAUGCAGAAACCUCACGCUGCAUUAAAAGAGCUCAGUCUGCAAUAUUAUCCGGGCACACAGUUUUCAAUGUGGAUUAGAGACAGACAGCAACUUCAGCAUCUGGUUAAGAUCCGUCUCGCAUGGUGCGGAAGAUGUAGACAACUCCCGGCCCUGGAGCAAUUACCUUAUCUUGAAGAUCUCACUAUUUGUGAAAUGCAUGGCAUCAAACACAUAAUUAACAACACCAUCGCCAUCGGCAAUGCAUCAUCAUCAUUCCCUGCACUGAGGAGACUUUGGCUUAGUCAAAUGGCUAACCUGGAGGGGUGGUGUUUGGAGGAGGAUAGAGAAACUGCUCCACCCUUGUUUCCAUGCCUGACUGAGUUGGUUAUUUAUGAAUGCCCGAAGUUGACAACCAUGCCACAAAUUCCAACUCUCAAAGAGUUACACAUAUCAGAAUCAUACUGCGGGACACAAAUCGCUCUCAUGGCCAAGCAGAAGGGGUUCUUCAAGCAUUUGAAAUCUCUUGACAGGUUGUGGCUAAGGCGAUGUGAGGAGUUGGCUUUGCUGCUGGAAGACAAGGAGGAGACAAUACCCUUAAGCUCAUCACUUCAUUUAUUAGGUAUUAAUGAUUGCAGUCAGUUCUCAUUAUCAGCGGCUUUGCAGAACCUUACCUCCCUCGAAUGUCUCAAUAUGUCUCAUUUUGAAGACCUAUUGUCCUGGCCGGAUGAGAUGUUGAGAGAUUCGGAAUCCCUCAAAUAUCUGAAUUUAAACUUUUUGCAAGAAUUUGAUAAGUGCAUCAUCACAAGGAGAUUGUGGUCUACCGUUUCUAACGGAUCUUACGGUUUCUGA